AUGGUGGCCGGCGCGUUCCUCGCGAAGCUGCUGACGCUGGGCGCGCGGCAGCUGAGCCGCCCGCUGGCGGCGCGCAUCAAGGCGGGCGCGCGCGCCAGCCCCUUCUUCCGCACCUACGUCUGCCUCCCGCCGGCGCAGCUGUACCACUGGGUGGAGAUGCGCGCCAAGAUGCGGAUCAUGGGGUUCCGCGGCGCCGCCGUGAAGCCGCUGAACGAGGAGGCGGCGGCGGAGCUGGGCGCCGAGCUGCUGGGGGAGGCCAUCGUGUUCGGCGUGGGCGGGCUCUGCGUGUACCUGGAGUACGCGCGGCAGGCGGGCCACGCGCGCCGCCGCGAGGAGGAGCAGGCGGCCGCGCUGCGCGACGCCGCCGCGCGCCUCGCCGAGCUCGCGCUGGCCGUGGAGGCGCUGGGCGCGCGCAUGCGCGAAGCCGACCGCCGCCUCCACGAGCUGGCGGCGCGCCCGGGCCCCGCCCCCGCCCCCGCCGGCCCCGCCCCCGCCGGCCCCGCCCAUUAAAGCGUCACGUGCA